GCGUCACAUGUCUCGAGACGGAGUCACCUGACGGUGAGCCAUCAUAAAAGCAACAACAAGGCCUCCGCGCUGCAUUGCAGAGACCGCGUCCAUCCCGAUUAGACCCACAGCACCUUUCAACACCCCAACACUGCGCAGUCAUGCUGCUUCUCGCUCUGCUUUUCGUGUCUUCAGCGGUCGCCACCCCCUUGCUCGGGAUGGAGCAGUGUGCUCGUGGACCCCCCUACUGGUGUCAGAAUGUCAAGACUGCGUCCAUCUGCGGAGCGGUGAUCCACUGCCAGCAGAACGUGUGGAACCAGCCCCAGAUGAAAGCGGUGCCAUGUGACCUGUGUAAGGAAGUGUUGAUGGUGGUCGAACAGCUGCUGAAGGACAACGCCACUCAGGCGGAUAUCCUGAGCUACUUGGAGAAGGCAUGCCAGCUGAUCCCUGACAAGGGUUUGACUGCUGAGUGCAAGGAGUUGGUGGACAGCUACUAUCCCAUCAUCAUUGGGAUCAUCACCGGAGAACUGGAUGACCCCGGUGCGGCCUGCGCAGCCAUGGGUCUGUGCCGCUCCCAGCAGCUGGUCAUGGCUCAGUACCUGAAGCAGAUCCAGUCCAACGAAAUCCCUCAGCUGGACCUGGCCCAGCGCGUCUCGCCCCUCCUCCUCAACGUGCCCCAGCUCCUGUUCCCCCAGGAGGCCCCCAAACAGGAGGCCCCCACACCGAAGGCCGCAUCUCUGGGGGAUUCUGCUGUGUGCGAGGACUGCGUCAAGUUCCUGACCGACACCCAGCAGCAAGCCAAGGCCAACGAGAGCUUCGUCAACUCUCUGAUCGAGCAGAUCGAGAGCCAGUGUGAGCUGCUGGGCCCAGGAAUGUCUGAUCUGUGCAAGCAGUACAUCAGCCAAUACGCCCCACUUGUUAUCCAGCAACUCUUGUCUAUGGAACAGGAACCCAAGGACGUCUGCACCCACGUAGGCUUCUGCCCAGCGUCCAUCAAGUCCACUCCCAUGAUGAAGCUGCAGCCCGCCAGGGCCGUUCCUCUUCAGAGGCUCGUCCCCGCUGCCAAGCUGGACUCUCCGCUCAAGCAGGCCAAGCCCAUGGUUCGUAACAAGGAGGCCCCCCAGUGUGCCGUCUGUGAGUUUGUGAUGAAGGAGGUGGAGGGCAUGCUGGAAGACGAGACCACAGAGGCGCAGGUGAUUCACACCGUGGAGAAGGUGUGCAACAUGCUGCCCGCCACCCUGACCGCGCAGUGCAAAGACCUGAUCGAGGCGUACGGCGAGGCCAUCAUCGAGCUGCUGGUCCAGCAGGCUGACCCCAAGAGCAUCUGCACCGUGCUGGGACUCUGCAAGGGCGCAGGCCGCAGCCUUAUCCCAGCGUUGGACCUGGCGAGCUACACGACGGGCGGCUACUGCGACGUGUGCAAGAUGGCCGUGCGCUACGUGGACGGGAUCCUGGAGCAGAACGCCACCGAGGCCGAGAUCGAAGCGGCCGUGAGGAAAGUGUGCAACUUCCUCCCCGAGUCUGUCCAGACAGAGUGUGACCAGCUCGUUCAGCAGUAUGAGCCCAUGCUUGUUCAGCUGCUACUCCAGAUGAUGGACCCAGACUUUGUGUGCAUGAAAGUGGGGGCGUGCCCGGAAGCGGGGCAGAAACUCCUGGGCGCGGAGGAGUGCAGCUGGGGUCCUGCCUUCUGGUGCAAGAACAUGGAGACGGCGAACCGUUGCAAUGCGGUGGCUCACUGCAAGCGUCACGUUUGGUAACAAACGAUGAAGACUCUUGAAUUUUCCACUUUGUGUCUUUAGGUAAUAAAGAUGAAACACUGUAGAGCUGCUUUCAGUUUUAAUCUUUUUUUUUUUUAUCCCAAGUCUUCAUCACUUGUUUUUGAAAUGCCUUGAAGCGUUGAGGGAAGGUUUGGGUUUUCGGGGGGGGGGGGGGGGGGGGGGAAUGGUGUUUAAUGAGGAGGCUUGCAUCUUUUUUUUUUUGAUUGAUGGGACCCUGGGUAGGGGUUUGGAGCUUAGCUUCUUGCAAUGUGGACGACUUGGUGUGUCAGUGUCUGUGUCUGUCACUGAAGUAUUCUAAAGAAAAGGCAUUUAAUAUUGUGACCAUAACUCUCCUUAUAGCUGGCUUAUGGCUAAGCUAAUUAACAAUGUUUAGGGUCUGAGGUUUUGGCAGUUCGACCGAAUCUGAUCCAAGAGUUAACAACUGUUUAUAUUCGUUGUCCAGCCGUGAUGUUGAAUAUGGUAAUGCUGACCCAGCCCACCCUUCACCUCCUGUUUGUACGUUCCUGCAACAGUCUGUGUAUAUUUGAUUUCUGACUUACUGUAAGAAUCUUGUUCGUUCAUCAGUGGAGGCGUCUUAUCUUGAGGUGAUUGGUUUAAAUUUUAACACUUGAAUUAAAAUGAUUGGAUUGGACUUUCAGAACAUCUUUUUAACACUU